AUGACUACCCUUGAACCUCGCCAACCUUACACCGACGCCGAGCUGCGCCAGCUGUACCCUCCACAGCUCAAGCUCCAGCUCGUGCAGAUCCUUCUCCGGCACGGCGAACGAACUCCCGUCAACCCUCGCUUUUCCAACACCGGCCUUCCGGAGUAUUGGCCCUAUUGCAGUGUUGUUCGUCACCUCCGAAAUGCUGUUCUCGAUCCGGACACCGGUGAAUACUCAUACCUCGAUUGGAAGAGACGUCUCGAGGGAUUCGGUUCUAAAGACGAUAGUCCUGUAAUCGUUGCCGGCCCCAAGGGCGAGCUUGACGAUAUCUGUGAUCAUGGCAUGCUUACGGACCGCGGCCGAGAGACCACCCACCAACUAGGCAAACGCUUUCGUGAUCUCUACGUUGAUCGACUCAGCUUCUUGCCCACAGACCUCACCGACGCGGAGUCUCUUUAUCUUAGGUCAACGCCGGUCCCGCGAGCUCUGGAGUCUCUUCAACAAGCCAUUUCUGGCCUAUAUCCGGCUAGGCAUCGGGCACCCGAUCUCCCCGCACUCACGAUCCUAGGGCGGGUACAGCCAGACGAGACUCUCUUUCCCAACGAAGGCCACUGCCGGCGAUUCAAUAUUCUCGCCCGCGCAUUCGCCCAGCGGACUGCCGAGCGCUGGAACAAUACUCCGGAGAUGGGCUACUUGAACAAGAAACUCGGGAAAUGGAUGGAAGAUGGUAAACUCAUUGCAGUUGAUUCUAAGCCUAGGCUUAGUGGAAUCAUGGAUACCAUCAACGCAUCACGCGCACACGGCCCGAAGACGAAGCUGCCCUCGGAGUUCUACGAUCCCAAGGUACUCUCCAUUAUUGAGAGAAUUGGUGUAGAAGAAUGGUAUAGCGGAUACGGCGAGAGCCAGGAGUAUCGCACACUUGGCAUAGGUGGCUUGAUGGGCGAUAUUGUCGCUCGUAUGGUCGGAAGCGUCGAACACAGUCCGGCAGAUGGCGCCUACGAGAUCAAGCAAGCUAGCGCAGCUCCCAAGCCUAUCAAGUUUGGUAUGAGUGGCUGCCAUGAUACCACUCUUGCGGGUAUACUAGCCAGCCUGGGUGCCUUUGGUCCAGACAAAUGGCCUCCUUUCACGAGCCACAUCGCUGUUGAGAUGUUCCGCGAUCCCCAGGUUUCAUCAAUUCCAACGCAGGCACCCAAGAAUGCGAGCUGGUUCGGCUCAUGGUUCUCCAUCGGCCGUGCUGGUACACCAGCGCCGGGUACGGCUCCGCCAGGCAUUGGCCGUAGGCCGACCCCCGCAUUGACAGAUGCCGAGAAGAAGCAGCUAGACGGUUACUACGUAAGGCUUCGGUACAACGAUGAGCCGGUGAUCAUCCCCGGCUGCAAGGCUGCUGGCAACCAUCUUGAAGGUGAUGAGUCCUUUUGUACUCUGGCCGCCUUUAAGUCCAUUGUCGACAAGUACACACCUGUUGACUGGAAGAACCAAUGUCGUGGGAACCAUGAUGCGUCCGCCUUUCCGGUCAAGCCCGAGCCGGCAGGAUAUUAA